GGUCACUAAUUUUGUAAUUUUGUAAAGAUUUUGUCUCAAAAAAGAAGACCACAAACAGGUCAAAAACAUUCGAAAACUUAAUUAAAACAAUCCAAUUGAAUAACAGAAAACAGACACGUAUAGACCAAAAGAGUAGGGGCAAAGGAGAAAAAAUUUCAGUCGUCGGAAAAUAAUUCGAAAAACUGUUAAAAUGGGGAGCCUGCCAAAUUUACAUGAAUUGGAGCAAAUGGAACGCAAACGUCAAAAACGCCGAGAGCGUGAACAGCGUGAGCAACUACGAGAACAAAGAGCGCGGGACUCUAGUCGAGAAAGAGAACGUUUGGCAAUGUUUGCUCAUCGCAAACAUUCAUCUUAUAAUGCAUAUCUGAUGGCUGGUCUCGGUAUGGGUGGAGGCACAUUAGGUAUGGCAGCUGCGCACAUAGCUGGUGCAACAGCAACUGGUGGCGGUAAUGUUAGUAGUGGAGCAGGAGCUGCUGCUACGUCAGCUACAACAACAGCAGCGGCAAUGGGUGGUGUUGCUGCCAUGGGUGGCACUGCAUUAUUUGGUAUAAGCACACCCGUAGGCAUAAUAAACAAGUACCAUCAACAGCAUCAUCAUCAUCGUCAUUCAUUGACAACUAGGCAUCGCGUUUUGCGUACACGCAGUUCCGGUGCAACACACAGUAUUUUUGAUGAGCAAAUGAUGGAGCACUUAGCUGCUUAUUCUCCAAUAUCAACACGCUCACACCGUAUAAAUCCUGUAUCAUCCUAUCAAGUGCAAGCUGCUUUGGCAGCAUCCCGACGUCGCGAAAGUAUUAACAGUUCAAUUGGUGCAACAUCGAUACGACGUCUUAUUACGCUGAAUAAUCGCAACUGCCGUUAUAAAGUACCUCCUCACGUUCGUCAAAAGGUAUGCAAGAGCUUUACAUUUCUAACUAUAGCACAUGGAUUUAUGUGCGCCAUACUCUUACCACUACUGGCUUUACAAGGUUCCAAUUCAGUAUGGCAUCACCGGGAAAAUUGGUUACAUGUGGGACCGAACAUAGGAUCAUAUUUACUUAGUCUCUGCUUUCUUAUAUCGGCGGGCAUGUGCAUGUUAACUACUCAACUUAUACGUAAGUUCGGUUACACGAUAUUAGUUGGUGCUAGUUAUGUGGCUGUGGUUUUAUUUCUGUUAUGCCACCUCUAUCCAUCGAUUUAUACAUUAGCACCGGCAUAUAUAUUAUUGGGCUUUACUCUUAGUCCGUCAUGGAUAAGUAAAGUUGCACUUAUUGUUCAUUAUGGUAGUAAACUAAGUUGCUCGCAGCAUGAAUGUACGCUGGCAACAUCACAUGCUGUGGAUCCAUUGGAUGAGCAUAAAAUGUUUUGUAAUCGUGAUCAAAAAGUACGACGCUUGGCACGUUUAUUUCAAGCAUCUCAAGAUAUAGGUAUAAUUUUAGGAGCACUAAUCGCUUCUGUAGUCUUAGCUUGUACAAGCAAUGAUUGGAAUUGCUUUACCAGUAGCCCUAAGGAAUUCUUUUCCACACUACGUCCCCCCUAUAUUUUACCGCGCGAACCGAACUAUUUUGAUGAUUUUUAUAAUCUAAACGAGCAUGGUGAACGUAUAUGUGGUGCUGAUAUGUGCCCUGUGUGGCGACAAAAAGAAGCUACGGAUGCAAAUAGCUUGGACUCAAAUGAAACCAUUUACAAACAGUUUAUAAAUGGCAAUGCUCGUAAUGGUGGUUUUAUGCUGAUAAUUAUAUAUUUUAUAUUUUCCAUUAUUGCACUUUGUUGCUCGAUUUUAACUGGAAAAGUGCGUGGCAUUGCGUUUCGUAAUGAACGCAUCAGUAUAACAGAUACUAUACUAUUUGCUGGACCAAUGGCAUAUUUCAUUGGGACUGAACAAGCCUACAUGAUGGGUGAUUUUCUAAGAGCAUUUGUUUCGUGUUCAAUUGGGAUAAGCAUGGUUGCUGGUGCUCUGGUUGGUAUGGGUAUCAUGCAAUCUAUUGUCUCCUGUACAUUGAGUAUGUUAUUAAGGCAUACUAAACGCAUUGUUGUUAUAGUUGCUGGUUUCUUCUACCACUCUUGUCUACUACUUGCGCUGUCUAGUUGGAAACCCUCUAGCGAUGAUAGCGCUUUAUUUUACGUGCUUGCAGCUUCUUGGGGCGCAUGCAAUGCAAUGUGGGAGACAUUGCUAAUGGCAUUGGUAACAUUGAACCAUACAAAUCAUGUGGUUGAGGUUACUGCACCAUUACAAUCCCUACGCUUUCUUGGACUCGCUAUUACAUUUGCAGCUCAUGGUUUUAUGUGCGAAACCCAUAAAUUAUUGAUUUUAGUUAUUAUACUGGUAGUAAGUGUACCGCCUUAUACAAUGUUAGAAAUGCGUCUUGAGGCUCAACGUAAGGCACACAUGAUCAACUUAUGACGAAGUAUCUUCAGUUAGUCAAGACAUUGCCGCGGUACUGUCGCCCGUACUCAGACUAUGUAAACAGUGCCGCCGUAUAUAUAAUUAAUGCAUUUAGAAAUACCAAUAAAAUA